AUGAGCGGCAAGGGGCGAAAGGGCGGAUGGGGUGAGCAGAGCUUCCCUGUGAAAGGCCAGAAAGGCCAAAAGGGCCAAAAAGGAAAGGCGACAUCGAGCUCCGGGUAUUUUGAGGACCAGCCAAAGGGUCGGAAGGGGAAGUCGGACUCGUGGAGCUCUGACAAAGGCGACAAAGGGCGUGGAUCGGACCACAUCCUCGUCCCGACUCCAUGCGCGGACACCGGCAGAGCCCGCGAGGUGCUCUGGCCAGGUGGCGCGGAGUGUGGCCGGGAGCAGGACAGCGAGUCAGCCAAAGUCUUCAACCGCAACCACUUACUAGGUGGAGUGGGGGAGCUGUACUUCGAGGUCUCCGGGCAGUGCCGCAUUCAGCUUGUCGUUCCUGCUUCAACCAAGAUGUCAUUCGUCGACCACAAGAACUUCGAUGUACCUGCAAGGGUUGCAGACCGCGACUUCAAAUCUGUGAAUCAUCUCCUGCAAGAGAUCGUGGAAAUACGGAAUCUUUACAACAAUUGUGAUGGGUCAGGUCGGCUGAGCCCCGACCAUGAGAAGCUGAUGAAGGCAGUAUUCUCAUAUCAUCCCGACGCCGAGCGGAAACUGCAAGGAAUGCAGUUCAUCAAGGUUGGCCCAAACAGCAGAUCUCACAAGCCGGAUGACAGUUGUUUCUACAUCAUGACCAGCGCCGAAGAUGGCGAUGACAUUAGCUACAUGAAGUGCUUGAGACGAAUAAGUGAACUGGCAGUGCAAGAUGCAUCUGGCGAACAUGUUGUACCAAUAGCUGCGGUAACCUCCAAAUACGAGGGCGUAUGCGUCCAGAUCGGAACAUUCGAUGUUCUGGUUGAGCCCGGGAGUCCCGAGGCCUUUGGCGUCCAUGUUGAGUUGAGCCGCAAGCUGCUGUCCGUACACACGAAGGCCAGAAUCUACGGCCCCUGGGUCCUGGAACAUGGCAGUGAUACCAGGUUGAUGAUCAUGGCGGAUAUGGCCCAGGAUGAGGUGGCCAUCUCCUGGAAAGCGCCGUUUGACGUACGUGCACACGACAAGUUGCAACCAGAUGGUGGUCUGGCUCUGGCCCAGGUGGCUCCGUCUCUGCGGGUUUGCUUGGACGCGCUUGCCGACCGGGCCGGUGUUCCUGGAGCGUUCACGGCGUCCUCGGAGGAAGAGAUGCAGCUGGCCGCUGGCCAGAUCUUGAACAAGGUGCUGGCUGCUUCGACCCAGCUCGCUCGCUCAAAAGCAGGGGCAUCGGCACAGAUUUGCAGUCUUGAUGCAAUGGCAAAGCACCAGUCGUACGAGUUGCUGCAGGAGCAGUUCCGCAACUCGCAAGCGAAUCUACAGGACGCGUUGCAUGAUCGAAACAUGGCGCGCUCGGCUCUGGAGAAGCUGCAAGACGAGCUGGCAACGCUCAGGCGCAGUAUCUUCCCGCCGCAAGAUGCAAGAACGGAAGGCACGGGCCGAGACCCACUAAUCACAGAUGAGUCAGGAAAAGGUGGUCACGAUGGCCACCUGCAAAGCUACCAUGCAGGGGGAGAUGCCAGCAUAGAGGCCUUAAGCCAGGAGCUGCGUGAGCAUCUCCCGCAGCCAGCGGCUACUAUGCUUCGCAAUUCCUUGAGGCUCAUGUCCAGCGAACUGUACUCCGGUCCUUCCCGAGCUCUUUGGGAGCUCCUUCAGAACGCAGAUGAUUGCAUGUAUGCGGGCACACCUCCUCAUCUCACCAUUGUAGAGGAUCCUCGGUAUUUGUGGCUGGAAUACAAUGAGACGGGCUUCACUUUCCAAGAUGUGAAAGCGCUAUGCAGUUUGGGUCUCUCACUGAAGGGACCGGGGCAGACAGGGCACAAAGGAGUUGGGUUCAAAGCCAGCUUCGUUUUGUCUUCAAGGCCUCACAUUCUCUCCAAUCCCUUCAGGUUUUUCUUCGACGACGGGGCCGACUGCAUCCUACCGCAUGUCACACCCCAUCUGAUUCGACCAAGCACGUCAUUUCCACGAGAACCCCCAUCUGCUGGCACGGCUGUUUACCUACCCCUGCGCAAGCCUGUGCCCGAUCUACUCCAAGAAAUCGUGCCAUCGACGUUGCUCUUCCUGCGCCAGCUGCGCUCUCUGUCGCUGGAGACUGCCGGUCGCACGUGCAUGUACGAGCGCAGAGGUGGGGAUACGGGGCCUGUGGAAGUGGUGGAAACCGCAGAGACGAGGCAGCAGCAUGGGUACCACCUUGCACGGGGCUCAAAUCCGAGCAUUGCUGUUGCGUUUCCUUUGAACAGAAACACUGCAGAUGCAUCUUGGAUUUCGACCACGCUUCCUUUGUGCGCACUGCCGGGCUUGAAGACGCCACUGGAUGCGCCUUUCGAUCUGACAGCAAAUCGAGAAGCCCUGCUGGAGGGCAGCGUGCGGAAUGCGGCCCUGCGGGAUGCCUUGGCCGAACUUUGGCUCAAGGCUGUGGAGGAAGCUCAGGAGGGCUCUGCGCUGGCAGCACGCGCCUGGACAUUGCAGCCAGGUCCGGAAUUGGUACAACUGCCGUUUUGGUCGCCCUUCCUGCAUAGGGUGCGAUCUGGCCUGCAAGAGAUCUCCUUGGUACCUGUGCGUGCAGGUCACGGCCAGGCCCGACGGCUGCCAGUGACACGCUGUCGGAAAGCGGAGUCUCGGCUCUUGGGAGAGCUCGCAUUGGGACCCGAAGAGCUGCAGCUGAUGGGCUUGGGCAUACCGUCCCCGGAGUACUUGACUCAACUUCCUGAAGGCACGGAUCUUGGGCUCCGAGACUUUGGGGUUCUCGACCUGCUUCAGCUCCUGAGCCUCCAGAGCAGCAGCGGUGAAGGCUCUCCGUGGCAGGCUAGGGGCAAUCGAUGGAGACAGAAGGUGGUGCAAGAAUUGGCGUGGCACAAGCACGACAUCGAUACCAUGAUGCUGCGAAAGGUUCCUCUCUUCCCACUAGCGAAAAGUGAUGGCACGGGUGCAUGGGCUGGACCGGAUUCAGCAUCGCAGUGGGUGGCCUGCGAGGAUGGUAACAUCUUCUGGUCUUUGCCGAAGGGCGCACCAAACGGCAUUCUCCGAGUGCUUGAUUCAGUGCAGGGUUGCCGUGAGGACAGGGAUCUCCUGAAUCUCCUUGGGUGUGGAUUGGCCGCCCAACCGCGGGACGUUGCCUAUGCCAUCGUGCAGGAGAACUUGGGCCUAUCGACUAUGGAGGAUCUGCGCUUCUCCUGGUCAAAGCUCGCGUACUUGGGCAGGCACUGGGAAGAGAUUUUGUCAAGCAGUGCGACCGAGAAGUGGCUGUCGGACCAAACUCCGAAGGAAAUGGAAGCCCUGCUCCGAUCAGUUCUGGUUCCAUCUCGUGGUGGUGGGGGCCGGCUCCGCUGUGAUGCCAGGGAGUUGCGGUGCCCAUUCUUCCUUGGCUCCCACCCACUCCGAAGCAACUCUGGGGACUCAUCGGAUGAGCCAAAGGAUGUGGUCUUAGAGCCACCGCAGACAAAUGGUGUGAAGGCCAGGCUUUGGUGGGAGCUCGUCUUCCUGCGCUUGGGUGCGUGCCCGUGUGUGGCCGGAGUUCGGCUGCCGAAGGGUCUUUUCGCACUUCCUGGAAUCGCGGGAGAACUGCAAGCACUUCUGAACUUCUAUACUCACGCGAACAUUGAUCUGGAGGAGCUGCGCGGCCAAUGCCAGAUAGAAGACCGCUCAGGUCGCAUCCGUGCGGUAGGCCGUGAGCCUGAGAAGCGGAAGUAUUCGGAACGUCUGCUGGGACCGAAAUUCGUCCAAUUUGCUGGUCCCGAGUUUGUAGUGGACGUGGAGGAGUCAGCAGAGGAGUCAGCGGAGCUGAAGCGCUUGGCUGAGCAGCUGCUGGCAGUAAUCCUUGAUCCGACGUGUUUCGUGCUGCUUGCCUUGCUACGCCGCACUGUGCAGCAGGAGUCUCGACAUUUGCUCGCAGUGUACAAAUUCCUGGCGACUGCGUGGGAAAACGGCGAGCUUCCGCGAGAGUGCGCUGAACUUGAAGCUCUGCGCAAAGAGGGAUUCUGGAUACUGACUGAAGAUCGCAAGAUCUGCCGCAAGCUGCCUGGAGAGGUCUGUCAGGAAGACGUCGAGCGGUUAAGUGCUGGAGAAGCACAGCAUGGAACGAUGCUGGACUUUUUCGUGCAAUGUCUUGGCGUUGCUGUCUCUGCUCAGCCCGAGCCUGGUGGGCCCCAGGCUCCUGGCAGCCACGAAGACUUUGUGAAGCGUGGAAAACCGACCAACAACAGUGAACUGGCAAAGAAGGGGCCAGCUCGGGAUGAUGCCCCGAAGCAUUUGCCGUCACAGGGCACCAGCUCAUCGGGCACGAAGAUGCCUCCGCUGCCUGCUCUUCGCGAAGGCGCUGAUACAGAAGUUGAAGAGACGGCCGAUGCAACUUCCGUACCAUUCCGACCUCUGCUGGCUGAGCUUCCGCUGCUCAGCAAGCUCCUAGCAGAUAUCUACAAGGAAUGUGGGGGGGAUGAGCAUCUCUUCGGCAGCAUGGUGCCUGCACGCAAGAUGGUUCGUGUGUCGGAAAUCAGGUUCACGCAGACCUCCGUUGCUGGCAAGUUCAUCCACGGUCGGUUUAAAGGACGCAGUGUGGAGGCAGUGGCCAAAGACCUAAAGAAUGGCAAGCUGACACCGGCUGACCUGCCACUAGCUGUGGCACGGUUCCACUCGUCGUAUUGGACGUUGAACAACCGCAGCUUAUAUGUGCUGAACAGUGUCUCCCGCCAAAGAACACCGCUGAAUGCUUCUGUGGCGGAAUACAAGCUUUGCCCAGUCACCGCCAAGUUUCUUCAGCUUCGAUAUGGCUCACUGCUGAAGCAGGACGUAAAGGCUAUUUGUAGGUCCCAGGCUUCCGACUCGAAGGAAGAGGACCCCGAGGCUGCAGUGCCCGCGGAUGUCGAUCCGCCGAUCUGGGAUUCGGGGGACGAAGCACUCUUGGAGAAGGGCAUGGUGUGGACAUAG